AUGGCACAGCCUCGCGGAGCACCCAUCACCCAGCAUGUGAUGGGUAUGCCAAGCGUUCUGGACGAUCUCGACGAUGCAACAGCACAGCUGAUUGUCGGUAUCCAACUCGCGGAUCUCCAGGAGCCGUCCGCUCGUGCCUCGAAGUCGCACCAUCAAGCUCUUCAACAAGACAGUCACAUCGCACGGCAGCUCUAUGAGGCGGAGCUGAAAUUCUACAGCAAGAUCCGUGGCUUCGAAGAGGGCGAGAGGAAUAGAGGAAUGCCUCACUGGGUACCAAUACCCCUGGAGAUGGAGACGACGCCACGACGGACAUUCCGGAGCACAUGCGCAUCCCACAUGCUGAGUGUACUGCUUGCGGCGACUUCUACCCGCUCGACCGCAUCUACAAUGCACCAUGCACGCACGGAUACUGCGAAAAUUGUAUCGAGAACCUCUUCCGCGAUUCCAUGA